AUGGAAGGCAUUUGCAGAGCUUGUUUAUCCAAACAUGAACAAACGGAUCUCUUACAAUAUUCCGAGAAAAAUAGGCGAUUGUUUGUAUAUUGUACAGGAUUGCAGGUAAAAAGAAAUGAUUCCUUUGCAUUUCAACUGUGCAAGGAGUGUUAUAUCAACAUGAAGGUGGCUUGCAAUUUUAAGAAGACUUGUAGAAAUUCUGAUAAAAAUAUUAAAAAGUACUCAACUGCCAAAGAAAGUGGAGAGUAUAUAGAUAUUUAUGAUUUUCUUAAACACAAUGAAGAUUCAAUAAAAUUACGGCUACCAUUAAAUUUGGGAAACAGUCCAUCACCAAACAGAAGGGAUGACGAUAAUGAAUCAACAUGUACGAGCAUCCAGAACUUCAUGACGGACAUCCUUCAAGAGCUGCCGGACUCCGAAGCUAAUAUAAUCAAACAGGUUAUUGAAGAAGAGGCUGAUAUACUUGAAGACUCGCUCGACUCACACUGGCUACAAGACCUGUCAGAUAAUGAGCUCAGAAUGGAUUUCAGUUUCAGCCCAUUUUCAACACCGAGGACAUUUCAGAAUGAUAAAGAUGAUAGCAUUUCGUCUCCAAAGAAUUUGAAUAAUCAUGAAGAAAUCAAAAUAAAUAAGACGCACGAAUGUAGCUUAGAUAAUAUUAUAACUAAGAGUAUGGACAUUGAUCUGGAAUCAUUGGAUAAAAGAAUUAAUUGUGAAGCUGGGAAUAAUGUGUGUGUGAUAGAUAUUAAUAUAGAAAAUGCUUUGAAAAACACAGCAGAGAAAGUUAUGUUAGACGAUUUACUAGCUACACCUCCAGUUUUACCGAAUGUGACAUCACCGGCAACUCCACUUAUAAAGAAUAUUCUAUUCGGAGAUAUGAAAGAAACAUCACAUAAUGAAGAACCAUUAACAAAAACAACAGAAAUAAAAGAAAAUAUCGAAGUUAUAGAUGAAUUUUUAAACACAAAUAUAUUAAAUGAUAAAAAUACAGAAGAUAGUUAUAACGAUAUAACCGAAAUAGAGAGAUAUUUAACUAAACCUGAAAUAAAUAGAAAAAAAUUAGAAGACAUACCAUCUGCUAAAAAUGAAUAUUGUAUAACAAACUUUUAUUGUAAGAUGUGUGAUAGGAAAUUUAAGAAUUUAGUCGCUUUGAAAGUCCACUGCGCUAAAUAUCACAAGCUUAAGAUACCGAAAGAUAAUGUUGCCAGGAUAAGAAGAAAAAUGAUUUGUGAUUAUUGUGGGAAAAUAUUUAAUUCACCGAGAUGUAUAAUUAAACAUAUUGAAAACCAUAAGAAUCCUGUGUUAUAUGAAUGUAAGCGAUGUUCAUUGAAGUUUGAUACAAAGUCAAAGUUGAGACUUCAUCAAAGCACUCACGACCAUAAAGCUAACAACAAUAAUGUUAUAAAGAAGCAUGUGUGUUCAAUAUGCGGCUGGGCGUGUACAAGUUCAUCAAACUACAACAUUCAUAUAAAGAGACAUUUCAAUAUAUACAUGCAUACCUGUGAGGAGUGUGGACAGGGUUUUUAUAGGAAAUGUGAUAUGAAUGCACAUAUGAGACGUCACACGGGCGAGCGUCCAUUCCAAUGUUCGUAUUGCUCUAAAAGUUUCGCAAGACACGACGCUCUCAACAGACAUAUUAAGAGACACACUGACGAAAGGCCCUAUCCAUGUAAUUUUUGCAAGUCAACAUUCAUGAACGCGUACGAUCUUAAACACCACAAGGAAAAUGCGAAGUCUUGCUUGAAAAUUCAAAUGUUGUUAGCAAAGAGCGAUAUUGCAAGUGAUGUUGUAUUAACAGAAAAUGUUACCUGA